UGCGUCAGUUGCGGCAAAACUGUCGGAUGCUAUCUGUUGAGGAGUUUUAUAGAAAGGAAUCCUAAAUGUAAGGAAAGGUAUGUAGAGGACCGGGACUUUUAUGUAGCGCCAAACGAAAAUACGUCGACACUCUAUAAAUGGCUGUUAUAUAAAGAUAUGCUGGAUGAAAGUUUCAUUUAUAAAUUCAACAAAACAGUGGCAAGACUUCAAAGCAGUGGUGUCUAUGAGUAUGAAGUGAGGAAAGCACUGAAACCCAAAGGCUUUGGACCCGAUAUACACGAGAAGCCUAAAAGUGAUUCAGAUCUCAGAUUCAUUUCAUUGACUGAUUUGAAGGGGACUUUCAUUAUAUUGGCCAUUGGCUUAACAUCCGCUAUAUUCUCAUUAUUUACAGAAUUGAUCAAGGUUGCUAUUGAUUAUGCAUACAAAACUACAGUAACCUGUGCAGGUGCUGUGGGAACGGUAUCUGAUUUUAAAGAUAAUUUAAGAAAGCUAGAUGGCUAUGGUGUGGAUGAUUUCAUAAUCAGGGUCUACCCAAACACACAACUACCGGAUGAGCCCUUCACAGACACGACUGAAAUCAAACGAAUUAUUAUUCAAAACUCCCCAAAACUGGAGGGGUUUGGCUCUAAGGGUGGGAAAGGAUUUUUUACAAACCUGGGCAAGUCAUUAAAGGGUCUGGUCAUUGACAAUAACCCUGGUAUUCGUAGUGAUGAGUGGGUGAGAAUAGCCCCAGAAUUAGGGGCAGGACACCCACUUGCUAUUCAGGAUCAAUUGAUCCAAAACCAGAAAGCCUCGGACCCGUACGCCACCACAACAUCCCCGUCUCCGAUAACCUCCAUUCCCAUCACCACUACUACAGAGAAAAGUGGUGCGACGGGUGGGCACAACCAUUCACUGGUCAUAGCCAUGGCUUCCAUAGGAAAUAUACUUCUGGUUCGUUGGUAUCAAUCCAUUCUCAAAGCCGUGCCUUUGUUUGCCUUUUAAGUGAUCCGUGUAUUGAAUAAUUAUCCUCUACUCU